GGCGUCUUUGCAAAUUUGGAAAAUUUAGAACAGCAAGAGUUUAGGGUUUCUCAUUUUCUAAAUAAAAAAUUAAUAAUGAAAUGAAUGAGAGGAUUUUCAGUCACAAUCAAAUUCUCAUAAUCCUACUCCUAGUACCCAAGGCUCCUUUUUUCCUUAAAUUCUUCAUCUUUAUUCUCUUUUUCAACUUCUUUUUUAGAGAUUCACAUUUGCAGAGUGCUGGCUUGUUGAUUAUGUUUACCGAAUUGCUUCAUAUCAGCUGGCAGAAAACGAGAUCAGGUUGCUUAAAAAAUAAUAGAAUAUGCAAUGUACUAAAUCAUAACUUGCUCGCGAAGUAAGGAACCUUAAUGAACUAUUGUUGUACGAAGGAUUAGUAUGGAUGUCCAUGUGAUUGGUCCGGAAGAGGGUAUGAGCCAUCGUGGAAUUUCGGAUGAUGGGGAUGCUGAACCUAGUGAAGGUGAAUUAAAUCAUUUAAACAAUUCUCUAGCUCAUGAUGAGGAUGAGAUUUCCGAGCCGUAUCUUGGUAUGGAAUUUGAUUCUGAAGGGGCUGCUAAAACGUACUAUGAUGAGUAUUGUAGACAUAUGGGAUUUAACUCCAAAGUUGGCCAGCUUAGCCGUUCCAAGACUGAUGGAACAGUAGUUGCUAGGGAGUUUGUCUGUGGCAAAGACGGUCUGAAAAGAAGGUCUGCCGACAGUUGUGAUGCAAUGCUUAGAAUAGAGUUAAAGGGAGAUAAGUGGGUUGUUACUAAAUUUGUGAAGGAGCAUAGACAUUCAGUGACGAGUCCUAGCAAAGUGCAUUACCUUCGUCCCCGUAGGCACUUUGCUGGUGCUGCAAAGACAAUGGUUGAUACUUGCCAAGGGGUGGGAAUCGUACCAAGCGGUGUGAUGUAUGUUUCUAUGGAUGGAAAUCGUGCCUCCAUGAAUGCAAAUACUCGUGGCGUCAGAAACACACCUCUGGCAGAAGCAAAUCGCUCAGCUAAGAAUUUCGGGACACUGAGUUAUGCCGUUAGGCCGGUUACCAGAAAGAGAACUUUGGGGAGGGAUGCUCAAAAUCUGCUCGAUUAUUUCAAGAAGAUGCAGGCAGAGAACCCUGGUUUCUUUUAUGCAAUACAGUUGGAUGAUGAUAAUCAAAUGGCUAAUGCGUUUUGGGCUGAUGCAAGGUCAAGGACAGCCUACGCACAUUUUGGUGAUGCUGUGAAACUGGACACCAGUUACAGAGUAAACCAGUAUAGGGUGCCAUUUGCUCCAUUUUCAGGGAUGAACCAUCAUGGUCAGACCAUUUUGUUUGGUUGUGCUUUACUACUAGAUGAUUCCGAUGCUUCUUUUGUUUGGCUUUUCAAAACAUUUCUUACAGCAAUGAACGAUCGUCAACCUGUUUCUUUAAUCACUAAUCAAGACAGAGCUAUACAGACAGCAGUGUCUCAGGUGUUCCCUGGUGUUCGCCAUUGUAUUAAUAAGUGGCAUAUUUUAAGAGAAGGCCCGGAGAAGCUUGCUCAUGUUUGUCAAGUGCAUCCUAAUUUUCAGGUAGAACUGUAUAAUUGCAUAAAUUUGACUGAAACCAUUGAGGAGUUUGAAUUAUCGUGGAGUUCCCUUAUUGAGAAGUAUAAUCUUAGUGCACAUGAUUGGCUUCAAUCAUUAUAUAGUGCUCGAGCUCAAUGGGUCCCUGUCUAUUUUCGGGAUUCCUUUUUUGCUGCAAUAUCUCUCAAUCAAGGAUUUGAUGGCUCUUUUUUUUAUGGUUAUGUGAAUCAACAGACCACGAUUCCUAUGUUCUUUAGACAGUAUGAACGAGCAAUGGAGAAUUGGUUUGAAAGGGAGAUUGAAGCUGAUUUUGACACUAUUUGCACAACACCUGUGCUGCGGACACCAUCUCCUAUGGAGAAACAGGCAGCAGACCUAUAUACACGGAAAAUAUUCACAAAAUUUCAAGAAGAACUAGUCGAAACAUUUGUUUAUACUGCUAAUAGAAUUGACGGGGAUGAAACUAUCAGCACAUUUAGAGUUGCAAAGUUUGAGGACGUCAACAAAGCAUACAUGGUUACAUUAAACUACCCUGAAAUGAGAGCUAAUUGUAGUUGUCAAAUGUUCGAGUAUUCUGGCAUCCUUUGUAGACAUGUUUUGACGGUCUUCACUGUCACAAAUGUACUUACUCUACCAUCUCAUUACAUCUUGAAACGGUGGACACGAAAUGCCAAGUCUGGGGUUGGCACAGAUGAACGUGGUGGUGAAUUGCAUGGCCAAGUAUCCCUGACAGCACGGUAUAAUAGUUUAUGUCGGGAAGCAAUCAAAUAUGCAGAAGAUGGGGCAAUAGCUACAGAGACUUAUAACAGUGCAAUGGGUGCUCUUAAGGAAGGUGGGAAGAAGGUGUCUGUUGUAAAGAAAAAUGUCGCAAAAUUUGCACCUCCUGGAUCACAGGCUAGUACUGCAGCUUAUGAUGACAAUAGCAGCUCAACUUUAGGUCCAGAUACAGCCCCUUUGCUAUGGCCACAGCAAGACGAAAUUACAUGGCGUUUCAAUCUUAAUGACACUGGUGCCCCCACUCAAUCUGUCUCAGAUUUGAAUCUGCCACAUAUGGCUCCUGUUUCUCUCCAUCGGGAUGAUGGUCAUCCAGAUAACAUGCCUGUUCUCCCUUGUCUAAAAUCAAUGACAUGGGAGAUGGAGAAUAAGAAUUCAAUGCCUGGAAAUAGAGUGGCUGUUAUUAAUUUAAAGUUGCAAGAUUUUGGCAAGAAUCCAUCAGCUGAAAUGGAGGUUAAGUUUCAGCUCUCAAGGGUUACUUUAGAACCUAUGCUGAGGUCCAUGGCUUAUAUUAGUGAACAGCUUUCCACCCCAGCUAACAGGGUUGCCGUCAUCAAUUUGAAGCUUCAAGACAGCGAGACUACUACCGGAGAAUCAGAGGUUAAAUUCCAGGUAUCGAGGGAUACAUUAGGUGCAAUGUUGAGAUCAAUGGCCUACAUUCAAGAGCAGCUUUCAAAUGGUAAUGAAGCACAAGCAGAGCCAUUACCAAAGAAGCAUAGGAGAUAAUAAGCCAUUGAAGUUGGGUUUUUUUAAGUAUGCCAUCUUUCAUUGGUCACUUACAGCAAGAUGAUGAUGGUAAUAUGGGAAUGCUCCUUUGCUUGUGGACACAACCUGUGUAUUAAUGGAUUUUUGUAAUUUUUUUCCCUCCUCCUUGUGCGAGUGCCUUGUGUAACCUGUUUAUAUUUAUGUAUGUACAUGUACAUGUAAAAGAAAUUGUGAAUUCAAUCAUGAUGUUGUGGUCUGGUUUACACAUUUUGUUUAGUGGAUUUAGCCAUACCUGUAAUGAUUAGGCUUUUUCUUGAAGGAAAAAAUAAAAUCAUUUUUGUAGGUUUGCUCA